AUGUCUGAAGUAGUUUCAUAUACACCCGUGAAAAAGGAAUUUGAUGUAUCAUCCGGAAACAAUAAUGAUAAUUCAAACAAUAAUUUUGAAGAAAAUGGGGACAUUGAAAAUGAUCAAUCAAAUUCUAAUUAUGACACAGUCUCAGAUUGUGGAACUUCUGUUCACCGAUGUGAUAGAUGUGAUAACUAUGAAACUUUAAAUGAAACAAGUUUAAUAUCACACUUGGCAACAUGUCAAGGAAUAGAAAGUAAUAAUGAGAAUGAUUUACAAACAAAUCGUAAAUUAUUUGAAUGUGAUAUAUGCAAUAUGAAAUUUUCAAAUGGUGCUAAUAUGAGAAGACAUAAAAUGAGACACACAGGAGUUAAACCUUAUGAAUGCAAAAUUUGUCAAAAGCGUUUUUUUAGAAAAGAUCAUUUAGCUGAACAUUUUACAACACAUACAAAAUCAUUACCAUUUCAUUGUCCAAUAUGCAAUAGAGGAUUUCAACGUCAAAUUGCAAUGAGAGCACAUUUCCAAAAUGAACAUGUUGGUCAACAUGAUAUGGUUAAAUCAUGCCCAUUAUGUAAUUUUAGAGCUAGUUCAAUGAAAAGUUUAAGAGUCCAUUUUUUUAACAGACAUGGAAUUGACCUAGAUAACCCGGGUGUUAAUGUAAUAAAUUCUACUUUAACAAACCACAUACCUAUUGAAUACAAUAGUGGAAAUGUCAGUACUAGUGGAGCUUGUAGUGAUAGUGGUGAUUCAAUUGGAGGAAGUCGUUCGGAAAGUAAUGCAACCCCACCAAUGCAUUUUCUUACACCCCAUGUUGAAAUAUCAAUGACAGAACCCAAUCCUACGGAGUGCUCAUCUUUUUCCUCUUCUCAAAUUAAUGACAAUAAUGUGAAAACAGAACCUAUUCAAAAUUUAAAUAAUGAUGAUGUUUUACAAGAUAAUGAAUGUCCAAAUUCUCCACAGUCAACAGAUUCAAACUCUAAUAUGUCUACAUUACCAAUAUUAGCAGGAAAUAAUCGACAAGAAGGUGAAGUAAGUACAAUCACACCAUCUGUUUCUCUAAUUCCAAUAAAACAAGAACAAGGAGAUGAACAUUUAAGAAAAAAUAGUUCAAAUAAUGUCCAAAAUGGAGAAACUGAGUCUGGACGUUUUCAGCCAGCAUCAAGUUUAUCAUCAUUAAUCAAAGUAUCACCUCUAAAAUCAUUGUUGCGUGAUGAAUUUAAACGUAACAUAAAUAUGAAUACCCCUGAAUUAUCUCAGCCUCAUAACACAGAUCCUGGUAUUUGGAGGUACAUAGCAUUUCAAAAAACAUUACAAUGUUCCUUUUGCGGUAUUACAUUUCCAGACCAAACACUUUACUUUCUUCACAAGGGGUGUCAUUCUGAAACAAACCCAUGGAAAUGCAAUAUUUGUGGAGAACAAUGUGGUAAUGUGUAUGAAUUUAACUCUCAUUUAUUAAGUAAAACCCAUCAAUAA